CCCUACCUCUUACGCAUACAUUCACCUCUCCUUGUCAUCGACCUGCGCAUCAUGGCCGCGACAUCACGCAGCACAGCUCCCGCCCGCUCAGAUCGUGAUCGUCUUCGCGACUACUACGGCCUCGCGGGUCCAGACGACCAAGCCGCCUCUUCCUCAGCUGCUGCCUCCUCUUCCUCUUCGCCUUCGCUUGGUCCUACUUCAGCUCCAUCCAAACCAUCACGAGAUGCCCUGCCAACCUCGAUACCCUGCCUCCUACGCUGCCAUGCCUCUCUCCUCACCUCUAUGCGCGAGCUAGAUGGAGAACGUCAAUCCCUCGUGUAUAAUCAUCACGGCGACUUGGUUGCUGCUUCUCAGACCAUCAGCAAGAUGAAGGAGCAGAGCGAUCAAUUGACAGCUACGUUGCAGGGAUUGCAGAGGGGACUUGAAGGGAUGGGAAAGUGGGAAGGUCAACUAGCAGGGAUGGAGAGUGUGGGCGGGGUGAGAAAGGGAAGGCAAGAGACGGGCGUGGACAUUGAGAAGGAUGUAGCGCCCAUCGUGACCUUGCCUGAGAGGCUGAGGGAUGCGGCUGCAUUACGAGCAGCGUCAGAGGGCAGGGAUGAAGAAGCUGCGGAGUCAGCGAGGGGUCUCGAGCAAGGUGAGUCGGCAUGCGCCGUAUCAGGGUCGUCUGGACGUGCACAUCAGGUCUGACCUCUACUAUCUCCCCACUCGCGCGCAGGCCUGGCAGCAGCAGAAGCCCUCUGGGGACGUCACGAGAGCGUACUCUCAUCAUGGGCGAGCCAGGGAGUCGCAGGAGCAGGCAUAGUAGCGGAUGAGUGCAGAGCAGUGCUUCGAGAGCUACGAGA